UUCUCUUCAACCCACGCACCCAGAAAUGCCAAUCAUCAGGCAUGGCAUUUUACAACUGGGAUUAUUAUCCCACGCUUGCAGUUCCAUGGAAUAGUGAAGAGGGUGUUAUUGGCUGUGAGGAGAUGGUUAAGGAAAAGUGCCAUCUUGCAAUGCCUACUCUCCCUAAAUCAUCACUAGAUCCCGCAGAGUGUGAAGGACUGAUCGGCUACCCGGUGCACUUCCGCUGCUGGGAAUUACCUUCCCACCAUAGGGCUCUUGGGAGUAUUGCAAAGACCAAUUUGGGGACUAUCCUGGCCUAUCCUGCGCCGGAAAUAUGAAGAAUGGGGGUAUGAUACCGAAAGAAGCGAAGUGGAUGAUAUGCCCAUGAGUGUAAAGGGUAAGAUCAACGGUCCCUGUCAUCUAGCCAAAGGCUACUGACAUCUAGCAGAUCCAGGGGAUGAUAAAAAGAUCCAAUCUCUCAUCAACAAAGCCAGACGC